AUGAAGGUGGUAGCGCUAGUUAGCGGCGGUAAGGACAGCUGCUAUGCCAUGAUGAGAUGCAGGGACUACGGCCACGAGGUGGUGAUCUUCUUUAUGCCUGUGGCCUGUGUAGUGGAAACACUUUUUACAAAUUUGUGCGCUUGUUCCUGCGUUGCGUUGCUUUGCUUAAUAUUUUCCUCAUUUUCUUCUUAAAUUGAUCGCGGACAGAUUGUUGCAUUGGCCAAUCUAAUGCCACUGGAGGACUCCAUUGACGAGCUAGAUAGCUACAUGUUCCAGACUGUAAGCCUCAGCCUAUGCCUUCCUUUCAAUAGAUCCGCCAAUGCUAGAUAUUAAUUUAGUUUCAGCAUAAUAUAGCAUCUGUUUACAUGCUGUGAAACUUUAUUUAUGUGCUCACAUCAUAGUUUCAAAUUUCAGACGUCUUCUCCAUUUUUGCACGUGCAUAUGUUUUCCUUUUGUCUGACUAGCCUAAUACUCAUUAAAUUCUUAUGUUGGGGGACUAAUUUGGUUUUGACUUGUCUAUAGGUUGGCCACCAGAUCGUAAUUAGCUAUGCAGAAUGCAUGGGCUUGCCUUUAUUUCGAAGGAGAAUAAAAGGCUCCUCAAGGUAACAAUCUUAAUGAUUCUUCCUUUUUCUAAAACAUCAGAUCAUUUGUACGUAUGUCAAGCUCCUAAUGCGUGCCCAUUCUUCCAAUCAAAGACUUUUAAUUUGGAUGCUCUCGAUCUACAUUUCCAUGCUUUGAUCCUAAAAGUUUUUGGAUAUAUUGUUCAUUCUUGUGCUCAGUAUAACUGUUUUGACAAAUACAGUUCAUGUAUUUUGCAUACUUCAUGGUAUUCCUCAUAGUAGUUGCAUUUUGAUGCCCUGUAGUAUCAGUAUGUCAUCACCAUACAGUAUCUAUCAGAGAGUCUGGAGAUUGAAGGUUUGACUAUUCUUUUUGUAGAAGUUCGUUGGUAGCCAUUUUCAAAGAAAGUUCUAAACCAUAUCGUGCCACACAGGUGGCCCAAUUCGAUUUGGGUGGUAACUUGUCAGAACUUUAUGCUCCAUUCUUUCAAUCAGGUUCAGGGUUUGAACGCAAUACAUCAGCCAAGCCCAUCCACAUUUCUCUUCUAUACUUCGUUAUCUCCCGUGCACCUUUUUAGUUAAAUUAGCAUUGGCAUUUCCAAAACUGGAUUCGGUGGUUCAGAAAUUUCAUUGUAACGCAUCAUAAAUCUACAAAAGAUUGGAACUGGACACUUAGUAUUUAGAUUAUUUGAUGGUAUAGUCGGGAGAGAAAUCAGAAAUUUAUUUGGAUCAAGAAACAUAUUGGUUCCAAGAAAAGAGAUUUCAUAGUGAUGAAAAUGUUAACACCCCUGUUUCUAAAAAAAUAACAAGCUUUUAAGCACAAUUGUUGUGUUUGUGAUGGUGUUUUUGGUUCAUAAUGCACAUUCCCAAAGAUAGCAAUAAUUCAGUUGGUCGAAUUUAUAAGCUGACGAAGAAAUAGUGGGGUAUCGAGAUUUUUCUCUAUACCCUUAUGCGUGUGUCACUUGUCUGUUUUGGGUUACCAGGGUGCGUGAUAUCAAUAAUAAGGAAAAUAUACUAUAUUAGACUCUGAAUCUAUCAACUUAAUGGAACUACACAUUGAUCCACUGUUACCCAUCUCUGGGACAAUAUCUUCGACUGCAAUGGAUCUAAUGGGAGUUAUGGUGUAGAGGUUGCAUUCGUUAUCUAUCCUUUAGUCAAAGCAACAUGUCGUUUGUGACUUAGGUGGACCUUGAUCAGCUGUAGUUCAAAUUUUAAGGCAGUGGAUUUUUUUAACUCAUUCUCUUACCCUAUCGAGUAAAUGUCGAGACCUGAAGAAAAUAUAUCGUUUUUGUAAAAUCACGUUUUUUUACAUGCUAUCCUUUAGUUGAGAACAACUUACAAAAAGUGUGUUGAAACUUCCAUUCAGUACCAGCCAUAGAUUUAAAACUACAACCACCUUAGGGUGCUUGGACUAAUUUGCAGUAAGUAGGUAAAAUAAAUACCAGAGACCUUAAAGGGUGCCUGGUGAGAAAAUGCAACAGUUGGACCUAUCUUUUUUUUCAAAUUUCAGCCAUCAUCCCCGUUCCCUUUGGUAUUUAUUUCACUUCCCGCCCUCAAUUGUGCCUCAUUGAUGACUAAAUGUCAAACUCUUUUGGGCACUUCACAGGUUAGAAAUCGUCGAUUCAAUUAUUCAUUUUAUCAUAAGGCAUGGAUUUUGUACAUGUGCUUAUUUAGGUGAAUAUAGAUCCCAUUGUUUCCUGAAAGAGCUGCGGAUCCAUUCAGUUAUAAAUGAGCAGUGAUUAAGCCACAAUAGCCUUAGAUGAGAACUGGCUAGAACAUCAUGGAGUUUUCUUGUUUCUUGCUUCUUUAUGAAGGUGCAUAGAGCACAUGCACCAGAGGUCUGUGACGGCUUUCAGAUGCCUAUUAUUUUCUUUUUGUUCUCACAAGUCUAAUUCCAGGUAUCAGGAUCUCAACUACCAGGUUACCUCAGGCGAUGAAGUUGAGGAUAUGUUCGUUUUGCUAAAUGAGGUUAAACAUCAAAUUCCUUCGAUAACAGCUGUGUCUUCUGGAGCUAUUGCUUCGGAUUAUCAGAGACUGCGAGUGGAGAGUGUGUGUUCAAGACUAGGCCUCGUUUCUUUGGCUUAUUUAUGGAAGCAAGACCAAACCUCUCUUCUUGACGAAAUGGUAAUGAGUUGAUGGUACUUUAUUGCACUUAGUGGGGUCUAUAAGAACAUUGUUGUACCUUUCAUCCUUUAGUAGGGUCUAAUUCCUUUUCGUUCUCAACAGAUCAGGAAGGAGAUCAAAGCUAUCACAAUAAAGGUAAAGUUUGUGCUCUUUAGUGAUCGUUAAAAAUUUACGAAGUGUUCUGCACACUUCUAUCAUCACUGCGUUCAAGUUUAUUUGCAACGUAUUAGAACACAGCGUACAGUAAGGGUUCUGGUGGAGUAAGUUCUUCGUGAUAAAAACAAAAUAAAAUUGGCAUUCAUGUUUAAAUCAUGUUUUGUGCCAGAUUGUUGUUUUGAAUCUUCCAUUCACUUUCUUAAAUUUGAGUUUUCAUGGUUUUAAUUUUCAAAUAUUUUGAUGUAAAGGAUGAUUUUACUUGGAGUAUUAGUCACUUGCAUUUUCAUAUAUGGAUGUCCGCACAUAAAAUUGUAAAUAAGUAUAUGACUAUGAAGUGGCUACCUCCUAUGCAAGAAAUGGAUUAAAUUUUCAUUAUGAAGUAUUUUAUCAUCACAGAAUAACCUGUUGCAAUUUACCAUACAAUGUUCAUGCAUUUAAAUUUAAAGAAGUCCAAUUUAAAUUAGUGUUAUUUCAUUCACGUUUUCUCACUUGUCAAAUUUCCGAAUGGACCAUUAGGUUUCCUAGUUUAAUAGUUUUUUUUUGCUUUCAUAUUUAAAUUGUGGCAGAUGUCAACCAAGAUGAUCAAUAAUUCACCCUUAGUAAUUAUCGGUCAAGUGAGAUUAGUUGUAGUUAAUUUUUAGGAGUACCUGUGGUGGGUUUCCUAUAUGGACAUUUUCACUAGGUUCAAAUGCCCAUGUUUAACUAUUGGUAGGGACAAAUGAAUGGUUUCCUUUUUUCAAUUUACAAAGUACACAUUGGUAGGGACACAUUUCUUGUGUUAAGGACUUGAACCUGGAAAAUAUUCAGAUUGCUAUGGGUGAUAUGUAUCUGUCUAUGGAACAAGGAAGGUUUGAGGUCAGAUCUCUCUUCCCAUUUGACAGUGGGGGCCAUGACGUUGUUGGUUGGGGAGGCAAAUAUGGUUUAAUCAUUGUGUGGGAAGAUCUUCAAAACUUUGUGUAUCUCAAUGCCCAAUGUUUUGUAAGCCAAAGGACAAUAGUGUUGGAUGAGUUUUGUUACGAUGUUUUAUUGAGAAAGUGACCAUUGGAAAUGAAUUUUUCAUGUAUUAUUUAUUGUUUUGUUCAUUUCAACCUUUUUCAUGCCUCGUGUCCUGUCAAUGCAGCUUUGUUUUUUUCCUUCAUGUGAGACGUUCUCCUUUCUUUGCAAAUCUUUAGGUUGCUGCCAUAGGAUUGAAGCCUUCAAAACACCUUGGCAGGGAUAUUCUGGAACUGCAGGCUCAUCUUCUUAAUUUGAAAGAGUAUGUCAGGAUACAAUAUGAUUCCCGUUUAGCUUUCAUGUAGAAUUUAAUCAAUAAGGUAGUCUCAGAAUGGUUCUUUGAUUAUUUUUUGCAAGUAUUGUAUUGACAAUUGCUUUUCUUUCAUGGUAGAAUGUAUGGAAUAAAUGUUUGUGGUGAAGGAGGAGAAUAUGAAACUUUGACUCUAGACUGCCCAUUGUUCAAGGUAAGUCAUUUUCAUACGUUAGCCAUCUGAUUUUCAUGAUGCCUCAGUCCUAUUCAUGUAGUCUAGUUUCUGAAAUUGAAAUAAUCUUCAUCAAAGAGAGCUGUAUGUGGGUUAUUCAUGUCUAAAUACUCAUGACACAGCUCGUAUGUUACUAUCAUAUCAUUGUUAAAUAAGAUCGCCGGACUUUCUCAUUGCUGAAGUCGCAUCCCCAAAUAUUUGGCUUUGGGUUGGUUAUGCAUCAUAUCAUGAAUAAACUUAAAUCAUAUCUAUGGCAUAGCGCUUGAAUAUUUUUUGAAAGGGGACCGAGCAUGUUUCUAUGCCUCUGAUUUACCUCAACCACUGAUCAUCUCAUGAGUCCUUGCUUCUGUGAGCAAGAUCGAUUUUGCUUGGGCGUGGCUUAUUAUUAACUGUUUUCCAGAUUAAGUCUCGUUAAUGCUCUGAUUUUCAUGUUGUUUUAUAAAAAAAUUAAAUAUAAUUGAGUGGAUGUGGUUAAAACAUUGGUAUCACAAAGACUGCUUUAUCCUUCUCCAUCAUCAAUCUAACAUGUGAUUUCUCAGAAUGCUCGAAUCAUCCUUGAUGACUUCAAAGUUAUACUUCACUCAGAGGAUUCCAUUGCUUCAGUUGGAAUCCUUCAUCCUGUGGCCUUCCACCUGGAGUGCAAAAAUGGAAGUUUAUUAUCAUUCAGUGGUGAAAGUGGAAGGAAUGAAGUCGGGUUGAACAAAAUUUGUAAUGUGCAUGAAGUGAAAGGAGAUUAUUUAUCUGAAAUGGUUAGAUGCCCGCCUGUCAAUUCAGCGUCUGAUUCCCUUGAUGCUAAGAAAAAGAGUGUGUACAUGUCAAGAACCAAAGGGUGCACUUUUUCCAUGGCUUCUUGGGUUCAGAAUUCUUCUCAAACUCCAGAAGGUGAACAUUAUCGAAAUAAUCAAGAUGUCAGUUUGAACUUAUUAAACGAAGGCUUUCUAUAACAGAUUUUAUGCUAUGAAGCAUUGUUCUAGAGUCUCCAUAAUUUAUAUCCUCACCAUCUGAAUUGGGCAGGUCUGCAGGAUGAUUUGACUUCCAUUCUGGGAAAACUGGAGCUAGAGCUCAGUAAAAAUGACUUUGGUUGGGCACAUGUUUUGUACAUUCACCUGUAUAUUUCUGAUAUGAAUGAAUUUCCCCUUGCAAAUGAAGUGUACCUUAAGUUUAUAACGGAAAAGAAGUGCCACAUGGGUGUUCCUUCUCGUAGUACAAUCCAAUUACCUUUAGCCCAAGUUGGUCGUGGCAAUGCAUCUGUGGAGAUCUUAGUGACGGGCGACCAGAGCAAAAGAGUCUUGCAUGUCCAAAGUAUUUCAUGUUGGGCGCCCAGUUGCAUUGGGCCAUAUAGCCAGGUAAAUUUGGUAUUUCUCUUAGUUCUUUGUAAAGGUCUUUCAAAUAAUCUUGGCCAUAUUGUGUCUUCCAGGAAGCUAUCAAUUUUUCGCUUCAUUGAUGAAAUCAUGUAAUUAAUUUUAGCUAUCAUGCUUGGAAAACACCUUUCUCUUUUUAAUUCUCCUUACAAGCAUUUCUAUGGAUGUUUGUGUGUGAUAAUUAUUAGCUGUUACAAACUGGUGUGCACGUAUCUCUUUAUCUCUAUCUACAGGCACCUAUAUUUCUCUUGUUCAAGGGUUGCCUAUUUGCAGCUGUGAUACAUCAUGCUGGCAUGGAUAACUCUUACAAGAUAAUCUAGACACACCAUGCCCACACGCCCCAGAAUACCUUGUCAAAGAAAAAUCGUAGUUCAACGCUAAGAAAAUUGAGAUGACGAAUAGAAUGGGUCAUGACCGGCAUAAGUGAGCGGAAUAAAUCUUGAGUAUCAAUGGCUGAUUGGUCAAGAUUCUUGGAAACUUGAACAGAAAUUGAGUAUUUCUCGGGUUGUUUGUGGUUAACGUUGGGAGAACGGACAUAGAGAAGUUUCUUGAAGCAGAUGGCAAUCUUAGAAUAUAAUGGAGCGAAAUUUCUGUAUGUUAUGCCUGUCAAAUCUUUGAGUGUCAACUAUGAAUAGUCGUCUCCAAAGCAACUAAAGUAAAUUACCAUACAUGAAAGUCCUUGGCAAUCAUGUUCACUCGCCAACAAAUUCCCUUGAGGUAGUGCACCACUUUGUUCCGUCCUAUGUACGAAGAACGUAUGAAAUGUUAUAGAAACUCUUCCUCCAAUAAUUACUCUAAUUGAUCACCCAUACUAUAUGCACAAUACGCAUCUUGAGUGAGUCCUGAUGUUUUCGAUCUUCCCUUCUUAGGCAACAUUGCAUAGAGAAAUACUUUACAUGGCUGGGCAAUUAGGGUUGGACCCUCCCACUAUGACACUAUGCCCUGGGGGCCCAACUGCUGAAAUGGAACAGGCCUUGGAAAACUGUGAGGCAGUGGCUAAUUGCUUCAAUGGCUCUAUCACUUCCUCUGCAAUUCUUCUCAUCAUUUACUGUUCAGCACGCCUCACUUUAUCUGAGAGGCAUGAAAUUCAGCUGAAGGUGGAGACUUUCCUGAAACGUAGAGCAUUUUCUUUGCCUCAUGUGGGCUCCGCAGACGUGCUUGAUCCCAUAUUUCUUUAUGUUCUCGCUCCUGACCUGCCAAAGAGGUACUCCUGCUCAUCUUAACUAGUUUAAAUUUAAGCAUAUUUAAUCUGUUUUCAUUCUGAUACCAUAUCACCUAGUAAUUACAUCGCUCUCUACCUCUAUCUAUUUCCAUUCUGUCUGUAGGAGGGUGGGAGGGGAGAGAGAGAGAGAGAGAUACUUUCCCCCUACUUUGAAUAAGAGAUCCAUUUUUUGCUAUGAUGUUGAAACCAAUUCGUUUGUUUUUGUAGAGCACUCGUUGAAGUUAAGCCAGUGCUUCAUAUUCCCGAAGAUAGAGAAGCAAUGAUUCAAGAUAGCGGUCUAGAGGCAUCUGCAACCGGAAUACCAGAGAAUUGGGAUUUUGAGCACUCAAGUUGGCACGACUCAUGUUGCCAGAAAUGGAUUAUAUCAGGCAAGAUAUGUGCAGUGACGAUUUCUAUCACAAAGGAUCUUGUCCUGCAGAUAUGCUCAGGAUUGGAUGAAACCCCAGAAAGCUCGCAGCUCUCUAUCCCCAAGAAAUGCAUUGAAAGGACAUCACGUUUCUGCUUUUAUCUUCUGAGCCGGACCCUUCUGGAGAACCAGUUCUCCUGGGGAGAUUUGAUGGUAAGUUUUUUUAACUGAUGUUGAAAUCAUUCAUGCUACCCUUUGAUGGCUCCCUCCACUUCAUUAACAAGGAACUAGAUACCCUAGCUUAUCACAGCUCCCCCCCUCCUUGCAGAGUCUAAGGUUCUACUUCUCAACGGCACUUUGCAUAAAUGCCGAAGAGUUGGAGCUCAUAUUCUCUCAGGCUCUCUCUGAGUUGACGGGGGCUUCUAGUAAAAAUAGUGAGAUGCUGGAGGAGGAGCCCAUAUUUAACCUUAUUCCUGUCCUAAGCUCUGGCGGAUCAGCCUCCAUGGACGACUUACUCACUUGCGAAUUAUUUGCCUCCAAAACGUGA